AUGGAAUUGCUCAACCAUGGACAGCUAAAUAGCACGAGGGUGACAGAAUUCAUUCUUCUUGGUUUUCCAGGUUCACCGCGUUUUCAACUCUUCAUCUUCAUUCUAUUUUUUACAAUGUACAUCCUCACCAUUUUGGGGAAUCUCUCCAUCAUGCUUCUCAUAAUAACAUAUCGACACCUCCAUACGCCUAUGUAUUUCUUCCUUUGCAACCUUUCUUUCUUGGAAAUAUGGUACACAACAGCCUCUAUCCCCAAGAUCCUUGCAAUUUUUCUCGGGAGAGACAGAAGUAUCUCUUUCUCUGGCUGUGUUCUACAGAUGUAUUUCAUUUUUUCUUUUGGAUGCACUGAACAUUUUCUGAUAGCUACAAUGGCUUAUGACAGAUAUUUGGCCAUAUGUUAUCCUUUGCAUUACAGCACUAUAAUGGAUAUCAGCCUAUCUUGUAGGUUGGCCUGUGGAUGUUGGUUGGGGGGUUUCCUUGUUAUUUGUAUACCUGCCUACCUGAUUACAACACUGUCCUUCUGUGGGCCUAAUGUGAUCAAUAAUUUCUAUUGUAAUCUUGAUUCCUGGAUCAUACUGUCAUGUACAGAUACUCAGUUUAUUGAGAUAACAGCUUUUUUCAUAGCUAUUUUUGUCAUUGUAGGCUCCUGUUUGAUGACCCUUCUUUCCUAUAUGUACAUUAUUUCCACAAUCCUACGCAUCCCUUCCAGCAAAGGUCGACAAAAAGCUUUUUCCACAUGUUCUUCUCACCUUGCUGUUGUGAUCAUUUGGUAUGGCUCCACCAUAUUCCUUUUUGUCAAACCUUCUAAAGAGACCUCUUUAGAAAAAACCAAAGUUGUAAGCAUCUUCAACCUUAUUGUGGUCCCACUGCUGAAUCCUUUCAUCUAUACAUUAAGAAACAGAGAAGUCAGAGAUAUUUUGAGGAAUGUAUUUCAUAGUAAUAGGCAAAAUAAAGGUUGA